CCCAGACAACCAGAUCGUGGUGAGGUGGAAGAAGUGACUGACAUGGCAGAUUUGCCGCUGUAUUUAACUAAUGCCAAUGUUUCACUGGGACAAACUAUGGAAACUGAUAAGAGUUCAGGAGGGGCAGCAGACUUCGAGAGGGUGGAAAUGGGAGACUCCCCUGUGGGGAGGCAGGAGAGGGUGAAGGUUCCCCGCAGGACCAUCUUUUUCGCCAGUGGGGAGACCAUGGAGGAAUACAGUACCGAUGAAGAGGAUGAAGUGGAGGAGCCUUUGAGGAGGGACGUCACCACAGUAGAUCCGUCCAAACUGACCUGGGGUCCAUAUUUCUGGUUCCACAUUUGGAGAAUGGGCACCUCCACUAUCUCAGUGUGUGACUACAUGGGAGAGAGACUGGCCUCUCUGUUCGGCAUCACUACUCCUAAAUACCAGUAUGCUAUUGAUGAGUACUACCGCAUUAAGAAAGAGGAGGAGGAGGAAGAGGAGGAGAACCGUCUGGCUGAGAUGGCAGAGAUUCGGUUUGUGGAGCAGCGGAGAGGCGAGCAGGAUGAUCAUCCUGCUACUGAGCAGCCAGAAGCAUCUGGAGCUUCCUUUGUAAACAUUAGCUUUGAGCUAGAACCUGAAUCCACACUCAACACUGGAGACACCAACAGAGUCCCUUCUCCCCUCCCCUCCUGAAAACUGACACUCGCAGAGAGCACAUGUUUCUAUCUGUUGGUAAAACCUUAAUUUACUUAGCUGUAUAGAUUAAUAAUAUUGUUAUUUUUAUAUGUUUUUACUUUAUAAAAAGAGAUCUUGGUACAAAGUGCAGGGAAAUAUUAAAAGGGCUGUGGAAGUGACUGCACAAGCCUUACCUGUGAAUGUAAAUGUGUGUAUAGUUAAAAAUAAUAUGCAAGACUUAAAUGCAUCAUUUAGUUAAGUGUCUACCAGACUGGGCGCAACUCACUUUAAACUGGCAUCAGUUGAGAAAGGGAAAUAAAUGCUGGAUCUUAUUUAGAAACAGUCAUCAAUCUCAGUUUUCCAUUGAUUAGAAACGGAGGGAAAUCCACCCUGAACUGAAGAGAGAACAGAAAGUGAAUCGACCCUGCUCCUGAUUUAGGCAGCAACAUGAAUAGAAACCUACCACAUCUACAGUUAGCCAAAGGCAUAGCCUGAUACAGACACUGCUCCGCCAUUUCUGCUCUCAGUUUCUUUCUUUGCUCCUUGUGUCUGACAUCCUCGCCUAUGCCUGGCGUGUGCAUCUGCAAGGUGUAAUAGAGCUGGAUAGUUUUUGGCUUCCAAGUUGUAAAGAUAAGCAGGGAUUGAUGACAUCAGUAGCUAGAACUGAUUGAACAUUGUUUAUGAUUUCAACAUAAUAUCCAAAUACGUACAGCAUGGCAAUCCUGCUGCUUCAGCCUUUUAUUAGCCAUGGCUACUUCCUUAAGGCUACUGUACCUUCCUGCUCUUUGAGUACAUGUUAUAUGUUGAGUUAUUAACUAGGGAUCAUUCAAGAGCGUAAAAUAUGCCUGCUCAGACAUGGUGUCCUAUUAAAUCUUUAAUUAAGCAGCACAUAUUUCCUGAUUUUUGCAGCCCUUCUGAUAAAUAUUAUAUCCAAGCCACUAGAAAUGGCACAAGUGAAAGUGUCCAGUAGUUCUGAAUGUAACUUCAGAGCUCUAAGUAAUCUGCUUGCUUUACUUUCCAUGUGUUGCAAUCUAACAAAUGUGUUUCUGUAUUGAUAGUUCAAUCAGUUGACCAGCAGGAACAACUUGUAGUGUUAAUUCUUUUCUGUGUGAAAUGCCAAAAGUGCAAAUCUUAAGCCAACAUAGAUUAAAUAAUACUAUUGUAGUUUAAAUCUUUAAAAAUGUUCUAGUGGUCAAAUGUACUGAUGACUGAUACGCUACACUGGCAUAAGAAAUUGCCCACAUCCAGUGCUACAACCAUCAUGUGUGUGUGUGAAGGGUUCAUUCUUAAAGUGUCCUUGUGGAAGCCUUUCAUAUGAAUGUGUAGCUGCGCAGCGGGUGUAAUGCUGAGACUGAGCUAUCAUAAGCUUCUUAUUGAUUAUUUUUAUCCACUGACAUGGCUGUGUGGUGUGUUGACAGGCCUCAGACCUCAGCAGUGUUUAGCCAUGAAUGGCUUUUUAAAAAUGAUUUAGCUCAAAAAGAGAUGUUUAAAUGGACUUAAAAGAUGUACUGAAAGUGGAAUCCCAACAUAUCAGCCCACAACUUAAAGCUAGGUGGAUGACUAUCUUUCACUAGUUAAUGAAGGAUAUUAUUUAUGCUUUUUUAAUGUGACAAAAGGGCCAACAUAAUAUGCAAAAGUUACUAUGACAAACCUUUAAUGAAUCUGUAUAUACAUGUUUCUAUUUUCUGUGUUAAUAAAACCUUUAAACAUUCAAAA